ACCGCGAAAGAACGGCCAUCGGUUGUUAUUGUCAAAAAAGGAAAAUGGUCGACUGAUAUACGAGGCUCGAAAUACGGAGCAGGAGCACACAGUCUGCAAUUAAUUUCAUUGACAAUCUAUGAAAAGCUAUGUUGCAGUCACUAGACUGCGGUUAAUAUUUAUUCAAAUGUCACACUUUGAAGAUGGAAGCUUUUCCUAGCCCGAGACCUACACCUAAGUUUUUCCUCGAACCUCAGACAUUUUCUACGAAAAAGUCGAGAGGUACACCACGUGAUUCACUGCCUCCUAAACCCCCAGUGAAGAGUGCUCCACCUAUCAGUCGGAUCUUCCCACACCGACCCAUCCAGAGGGCGCAGAUUGUAUCAUUCCGCGAUAAUCUGGACAGCAAUAGAUCCUAUCUUGGAGCUAAUACUUCCAAUAGUAAACAGCUAUACUUUGAGACUGGGUUCCAGGUCAUAUCAAAGCUGGGAGCUGGAUCCUUCGGAGAGGUUUUUAAAGUACGAAGUAAAGAAGAUGGGAAGUAUUAUGCUGUUAAAAAAUCCCAGGAGAAAUUCCGUGGGGAGAUGGACAGGAGGAGAAAGUUGGAGGAGGUAGCGAAACACGAAUCCUUACCGCCUCACCCCAACUGUGUGACUUUCUAUCGAGCUUGGGAGGAGCGGCAGCACCUUUAUAUACAAGAGGAGCUGUGUCAAAAUAAUUUGCUGCAGUAUGCUGAGAGUCGUGAAACAUCUGAAAAAAUGAUUUGGAAAUAUCUUGUGGAUUUAUUGAUGGCAGUAAAACACUUACAUGAUCACAACCAUAUCCACAUGGACAUCAAGCCAGACAACAUCUUCAUCUCCCAUGACAAGGUCUGCAAGCUGGGUGACUUCGGACUUGUCAUUGACCUGUCUAAGGGCGGAGACUUCUCUGAGUCACAGGAAGGAGAUCCCAAGUACCUUGCUCCAGAACUGAUGGAUGGCAGGUUCUCCAAGGCAGCAGAUAUCUUCAGCCUUGGAAUGUCGGUGCUAGAGUUGGCCAGUGACCUUGACCUACCAAGAGGAGGAGAGGGUUGGCACCUGUUGCGAACUGGACAUCUUCCUGAAGAAUUUCUUCGUGACAAGUCAUUUGACAUGAAGUAUGUGAUACAACAGAUGUUGGACCCGGAGCCGACUAGUCGCCCGACAGUGGACCAAGUUCUUGCCUUCCCAUAUGUUAGAAAGAUUUGGAAAAGACGACAGCGUGAAUACAUGAUGAACAGUGCGGUGAACACUGUACGGUCCAUGUUCCAGAGAGUAUUCCAGGCAAUACUCUUCCUGUCCACUGUGUUUACCUUGCCUUACCACUAUUUCCGGCCAGCCCUCCUCAGUGAAAACUCCGGACGCAGCAGUCUUAGCAGUAACAGCACAAGUCUGGGACUCGACCACAGUCUGUCUGAUGAUGAUUGUUUCGAGGAUGAGUUCAGUAUACACAACAAUUCUAUGGGAAUUCCGUUGGAUAGUUCAUCAUCAAGUGAAAGUUUCCUUUCUGAGUUUGCAGUGCCAAGCCAGCUGCCUCUGCGAAAGGCCUACACAUCCCCUGUAAUGCGACACCGAACUAAAGACUUUGUCAGCGCACCAAUGAGUUCAUCGCCUGUGCUUCCUAGUCGGAACAGAAGUCCUAAUCUGAGUUUUGAGAACAGUUUUGAGGAGGAGAGAGCAGUAACACCAACAACCUUUGCCACAAACCUGCUUGACCUUAGUGGUGAAGAUAUCACUAAACCUGGCAUUGAACCCAAGAACCUCAUGGAUAUGUUUGAUGCAGCUAAUGAUGAUGACUGACAAGGUGUAGGUGGUUGUCGUAUAAUGUUAUCUUUGGAACAUAGUCGGAGAUCAUAUUGGACGUCAUAAUAGUGUUAUCAUCUGCAGAUGGCUGGAGUUAUCGACAGAUGUCAUGACAUUGCUAUCCUCAGAACAUGGUCAGUUAUUGAACAUCGAAGCUGUGUUUAUCUUAAGAAAAGUGCCUGGAGUUGUGAAUGGAUGUUGUUACAGUGUGUUCCUUCCAGGACAUGGCUAAUGAUUGUGUUCAGAACUGGUUUCUGAGCUCAGCCUAGGCAGACAGUGGGGAGAUGUAAAGUGCUUGGAACUCAAAAAGUUUGUUGCCAAAUUUGUGAAAGAUUGUUUUGUUUAAGGAUUGAGUUACUAGAAGCCUAAUGACAGUGUUAUGCUUACCUGCAGUUAAUUUUGUGUAUAUUUUUUUGUCUAACCUUAAGGCUAUAUAUGCUACCUUGCUGUAAAAUGCACCUCCCUUUCAAAAGAUUUCUUCUCUCCACACGAAGAAACAUGUAAAAUAAUUUUGAUGAAUGUUAAAGUUAGACUGGGUUUAAUGAUGUUUUGAAAGGGAUGCAUUGAUAGUACUGACUGAUUGAAUUAGGUGUAAAAAACUAAUGACAGGUAUAAUGUGUAAGGUAGCAUCUAUCCUAAAGGAUAAACUGUCAUGUACGAAAUGACUUCGGUUUGAUAGCUUGAGGAGAAAAUUCCAAAAUUUGUUAGGAGAAUAUCAGAGUGUUUGUGAGAGAGAAUGACUUUUCUGCUUGCAAGCACUUCAUUUCUAUUGAUCUUUGAUAUGUUGAAAACACUGCAUUUGUUUGUUUAUGCUAAAGGAUUAGCUUUGGAAGAAGAUUAUUUUUAUAUAGCUUCGUUAACCAAUAUGUGUUCAAAUCAAAUAUUGUGUUCAGACAUCUAAAUACCGGUAUCAUCUUCCUUCAUCUAACUUCUACUGUCAUUUAAAUAUCAUCCGUCAUCUAAUAUCUCCCAUCAUCUAAAUAUAAUCAUCUAACACCAUUCAAUAUUACACUUCUGCCAAUUUUCAUCUAUUAAAAAUACAAUUUAGUGUCAUCUAAAUAUAGUUUUCUGUCGUCUAAUUAUGAUCUAUAGCCAUCAAGAUGUGUCAUUAUAACCACUGUCAGGGUGUCUGCAGACCAAUCAUCAGUUGUGAAGAAUUAACAUUGCAUUAGUUGAAUAAUCUUUGAAUUUAAAGGAAAAAUUUAUAAAACCUAUUUCGAGAACUGAUCAUGAAGAGUGCUUGAUUUCCAUUUUAUGAACAAGCCUCACCAGUGAUGUUACUCUGAAUAGUAAUUCUUAAUUGGUAAUUCAAUGAAAAAAAAAAA